UCAGCAGCGGCAGCAGGAAAGCGUCACCCUGGAGCCCUGGUAUUCUUACACCCACUGGUUCCCCAUGGCUUCGGCCCACGUGAUGAAGGAAGGCGGACCGGAACCAAUACCGCGCAUGCAGCCAGCAAUGAUGAUGUUCUCUAGCAAGUACUGGUCCAGGAGGGGGCUGUCACUGGACUCGGCCAUGUUCGACCACCACAACCAGCAGCAGCAGAGACACACCGGGGGCCGGAUGUCGAGACGAACGUCGUUCUGUCCCAUCGACGAGAGACCGGACUGUGAGAAUGCAGAGGAUCCUGGGAAAACCGCAGUGGUGUUUUCCCUGAAGAACGAAGUUGGAUGUCUGGUGAAGGCUCUCAGACUCUUUCAGGAGAAACGGGUCAACCUGAACCACAUCGAGUCCCGGAUGUCCAAACGAGUUCCUAAUGAAGUGGAAAUUUUUGCCAGCUGCAGCUGUAGCAAGAAGGAGUUCAACGAGCUGAUGCAGCAUCUCAAAGACCAGGUCAACAUCAUUUCCUUCAACACGCCUGCAAACGUGUGGUCUGCUGAGGCAGAUGAUGAGGAUGUUCCCUGGUUUCCCAUGAAGAUCUCAGAGUUGGAUCAGUGUUCUCACAGAGUUCUGAUGUACGGGUCGGAGCUGGACGCUGAUCACCCUGGUUUUAAAGACAAUGUUUAUCGUGAGCGCAGAAAGUAUUUUGUGGAGGUCGCCAUGAAUUAUAAAUUUGGGAAGCCCAUUCCUCGGAUUGAGUACACCCCCGAGGAGGUGAGGACGUGGGGCGUCGUGUUCCGGGAGCUGUCCAAGCUCUACCCGACACACGCCUGCAAAGAACACCUGAAGAACCUGCCGCUGCUCUCCAAACACUGCGGCUACAGAGAAGACAACAUCCCCCAGCUGGAGGACGUCUCCCUGUUCCUCAGAGAGCGCUCUGGUUUCACCGUGCGACCUGUUGCUGGGUAUCUGUCUCCCCGAGACUUCCUGGCUGGUUUGGCCUACAGGGUGUUUAACUGCACACAGUAUGUCCGCCACAGCACCGACCCGCUCUACACGCCAGAACCAGACACGUGUCAUGAGCUGCUGGGUCACGUUCCGCUGCUGGCCGAUCCGAAGUUUGCUCAGUUCUCCCAGGAGAUCGGACUGGCCUCACUGGGAGCGUCGGACGAGGACGUCCAGAAACUGGCCACGUGUUAUUUCUUCACCAUCGAGUUUGGACUCUGCAAACAGGAUGGUCAGCUGAGAGCGUAUGGAGCCGGCUUACUGUCCUCGAUCGGAGAGCUGAGGCAUGCGCUGACAGAUAAAGCCUGCGUGAAGACGUUUGACCCGAAGACGACCUGCUUCCAGGAGUGUCUCAUCACCACCUUCCAGGACGUUUACUUCGUCUCGGAGAGUUUUGAGGAGGCAAAGGAGAAGAUGAGGGAGUUUGCGAAGACGAUCAAGCGUCCGUUCUCGGUUUACUACAACCCAUACACGCAGAGCGUGGACCUGCUCAAAGACACGCGCAGCCUCGAGAACGUGGUGCAGGACCUGCGCAGCGACCUCACCACCGUCUGCGACGCUCUGGGGAAGAUGAACACCUACAUGGGCAUCUGAGGCCGACGACCACACCACCU